AUGGAAGGGAAAUUCAAAGCAUUGGAAGAUAGGAUAAUCGGUUUGAAACCUUUCGUGGAAAAUGAAAAAAAAUAUUUGUCGGAUGCGGAGGCGAUGAUGGCGUCGGCGACGGCGGAUGAUGAAAAUCUCGCGAGCAACGAAGAAGACUCGGGAGUCAAACAACAAUUGAUGAAUUUGGAAAAUGAAAAACUUCAAUUGCAAAAAGAACUUCAAGAAGCCGUUGCCAAAAGGAAAUCGGCGGAAGCGACGACGGAAAAGUUGGAAAGGUUGGUUGGAGUUUUACGUAAGAAAAUCAACGGGGUUUCGCUCGAGUCUUCGAUGCCGGAUGAAAAACAAUGCCUCGUACGCCCUUUGGGUUCAUCCCUCGAAAAAAAUCCUUUCAUAAUAGCAAACAAUAGGCAAGGUCAGAAAAUUGAAUGCGGAACCGUGCAAAAGUCGAAAAUAUCCAUGACUCCUCCUUUGAAAGGAGUUUGUUUUCCUCAGGAAAAUCUCGAUUCCGGUAAUUUCGGAAUUAGCGAAAACAAAGAAAACGAAGGGAGCGGAGGAAGUGGAGGAAGCGGAGGAGGAGAUUCCGGGAACAGUCUGGAAGGGUCUGUAAAUUCUUGUUUCGGUGUUAUUCCUCCCACCGAAACGGCUUCGGUAACGGCUCAAGUGACAAUAACGGGACCAGUCACGGAUCUUUAA